CAGGCGGCCGAGCGAACGGGCGAGCGAGCGAGCGAGCGACAGAGAGAGAGAAGAGCUCCAGCGGCGAAUCGCGGACCAUAGCCGAUGUGGAGGAUCACGCACGAAUGAAAUUACCCGAGAGCCUAGCCGACGUGUUCCGUCUGUGGCACGACGAGUCGUCUCGGGACGAGCUGUUGGAUCCGUCCGUGGAAGACUCUCAUCCGUCUCGGCUAUGGUUGUAGCUAGCAGCGGCGGGUGGAUACAAAAUGUCAGUUCGCCCGUCGGGCCGAACAACAAUACCAACGUGAACCAAAACAACGCGCCGAACAACAAGAUGACCGCCAAGGGCGUCCUGAUCUGUCGGGACAAUUCCCAUCCGUUCCAAGAGCGGACGUUGACGCUGGAGCAGCCGAUGAAGAUCGGUCGUUCGGUGGCCAGGGCGAGAGCCGCGCUGAACAACGCGAUCUUCGACUGCAAGGUGUUGUCGAGGAACCACGCGUUGCUCUGGUACUCCUCCGGCAAGUUCUACCUGCAGGACACGUGCAGCAGCAACGGCACGUUCGUCAAUAACCAGAGACUCAGCGCCUCCGGCCUGGAGUCGACGCCCAAGGAGGUAUGCUCCGGGGACAUAGUGCAAUUCGGCGUGGACGUGGUGGAAAGUACAAAGAAAGUUACACACGGAUGUAUAAUCGCGACGUUAAAGUUGUACCUGCCGGACGGCAAGGAAGCCAAGGCCAGCCUCAGCACCUCCGUCAGCUCGCCCGCCGGUAACGUAUCCUUGGAGGAUCUCUAUAAACUCAAUCAGGUGAUGCAGGAGGCCUCGAGGCGCGAGAAGGCCCUCUACUCGAAGCUGGGCUACCUGCAGCAGCUCGUGGAGAACACCCGGAAGGCCGCCAACCAGUCGUGGAAGGCGCUGAUCACGGAGGACCGCCUGCUGUCGUGGGUCGUCACCGUCGAGAGCCAGUUGGCGGUCUACUCGAAGAACUACACCGAGGACAAGAUCAGGAACGACCUGGCCAAGUUGCAGGACGAGAAGGCGCAGUAUCAGAACGCCGCGAAGGAGGCGUUGCAGAAGAUCCUGCAGGAGAAACUCGAGGUCACGCAGAGACUGGUGCAGCUGGAGGGCCGUCUGAGCGAGACCGAGGAGGAGUGCCAAAGCCUGCACAAUGUCGCCAAGUACACGCAGACGGAGCUGCAAGAGCUCAGCGCCAAGUACGCGGAUACGCAGAAGAAGCUCCAGGAGACCACCAACAAGCUCGUGGAGAGCGAGGAGAAGGUGAAGGACGUGUUGCUGAGCGCGGAGCAGGAGAAACGCGACCUGACCAAGCGACUCGAGGACCAGUCGAGGAUCGAGAAGCGCCUGCGGGCGAGAUUGCGCGACUCCCGCUCGGACUCGGUCAAUAUCUACAAGCAGAUCACCGCCCUGAGGAAUUACACGCAGACCUUGCAGGAUAUGAAUCUGAAGUUGGAGGUGGGCGGGAAUCUCGACUCGAAGGCCGAGGAAGAUCCCAUAGAGGCGAUAAACACCAUCCUCAACAAGCUGAAUUCCAUCCACGUGGACAACAUCGAGAUGGAGAGCGACGUCAAUUGCUACAAGCCCGAGCAGGACGACCAGACGAGCUCGCCGGACGUGGACUCGAAUCAGCUCAAGUCCGACCUGUCCUUCAGUAAAGACCAGCAGCAGGUCACGGACUACGUCGGCUGCUUCACGGAGUAUAUCCUGCCGCCCGCGCCGUUGUCCUCCAGGAGAACCCUGGUCAACGGCAACGCCAACCUGGACAACCCCGACGACGCGGACUCCGACACGAACUCGGAGGCGACCGACGAUGCCUGCAGCGUUGCGACGAGCGACGACGCGAGCGAGAAGACCGUCGUGGAGAACAGGAAGGAGGGACUCAAGCAGGCACCCUGUAAGAUGGAGGUGCGAUUCGCCAACACCGAGGGUGUUCAGCACGCGGAGCUGCACUACGAGCCGAUCGAACAAAUCGACAACGUCGCGGAGAUAUCGCUGGAAACGCUCGUCGGUAGCAACGAGGAUGCGACGUUCGUCGACGGCAGCACGGACGAGCAGCCGCGUCCGCUCGACGUGGCGGCGAAACGCGCGGAGAACGAGGAGCGGCUGGAGGGCGACUACGUGAAGACCCUGAAGCCCACCACGAAGAACGACGCGAUGCAGCCGUGUUACCACAGCAGGGAAUACAUACUGCAGACGCUGAUCGGAUCGCUGGACAGCCUGAGGAGCGAGGACAGCCUGGAGGCGCGGCAGAUCGUCAAGCGGGAGCUCGACGAGCUGAAGGACUGGCUGACGCGCGAGUCCACCGAGCUCGUCGUCGACAAGCUGCGGGAGCUCUACUACCGCACCAAGAACGAGGCGCAGCGCAUGAUGGAGAUCAACGAGGAGCUGGUCAUCGUGAAGGAGAAGUACAACGCGAUCGUCGAGGAGAAAGCGGACCUGGCGAAGAAAUACGGCGCGCUGCGGGCGCAGUGCGGCGAUCUGCUCAGCGCGACCUACACCGUGCCGAUACACUACGUCGCGCCUAUCGCGAUCAUGCUCGUGUGGAUGCUGCUGGAGAAGAUAUUCUAAUGCGGCCCUUCCUCUCCUCCCUGAUAUGUAUACUCUUCUUUCCGGUAUAUAUGUACAUACAACACACACGCACCGUCGAUCGAUAUUACCCUUUCGUGUUUCUCCUUCGUUUUUUCCUCUGUCUCUUUCUGUGCUUUAUUGUCUUUCGUUCAUCUUCUUCUUUUAACAUUGUAUGGCGCAACGGCGAAAUUUCUUAAGCUAACCGACUAGUUUCAUCGAUCGAGUACGAUUAGACACUCUCACCACAUGAAUGCUUAAGCGUCUCGUUAUGCGAUCGAACGCUUUUUAUACGAACAAACGCUAAGGAUUGUAUAUAUUUGUUUAAUUCACCUGUCCCCGUGAGUCGCGGGCCGGGGUAUAAGCGGAGUG